AAUCAGUUGAGGUUAUGUGGCGCGGGAGAGUGGACGCGUAGGUAGAGUGGAGUGUUCCGAGGCGUUUCGCUUUUGUUUUUUUCCUAGAAUCAUGUCCCAAGAUAAAAAGGAUUUAAGUUCAGAUGAAGACGACGUACUGGUGGAUGCAGACUCAUGCGGGUAUGGCGAGAUCCAAUCGCAAUUUACUAAAUUCCGUGCAGUUAGUGAGGUAGCAGUUUCACAGAAGUCCUCCUAUGUCUUACAUCUAACAGCGGACAGCACUUUUGGCCAAGUGGCCGCUGGAACCUCUCAGAAUUCCGUGGAAGUUUUCAAAGUUGCUGAAGGAAGACUAGCAAAAGUGGAUAACAUUCAAGUGGAUGAUUCGGAUAAGACAGUAGUUUGUGGAGUUAAAUUUGCAAAAGAUGAUGACAAUGUUUUAUACGUGGGCUCAACUGAAGGAAAAGUAUCGGUGUAUGAUCUAAGGAAGAAUCAGAGGAUUCAUACGUUCCAAGAUCACAUAAACGAAUUAGAUGAUAAACCAAUACCAAUCACUUGUUUCGAUACCAAUUCAAACGGCCGAGUACUAUGCGCUGGAUCGGAACGAGUGAUUAGUGAUGCGUUUCUACUAUUUUUCGACACACGUCAGAGGAAAAAACUAGGUGGCUAUUGUGAAAGCCAUGAAGACGACAUAACAGAUAUUAGGUUCCAUCCAACAAAUCCGGAUUCGUUAAUUUCGGGUUCAACAGAUGGUUUAGUGAAUGUUUUUGAUAUCUCCAAGGACAACGAGGAUGAUGCAUUGAGCUUAGUUAUCAAUACAGAGAGUAGCGUACACAAAUUGCAUUGGAAUGAAAGCGAGAACAAACAGUACAAAAUUGCAUGUGUAACACACACGCAUGACUUCAAACUGUAUGAAGCAGAAGAGGGGGAUGUUGUUUGCGAGUUCAUGCGCGCAGAUAUAGCAGAAUCGGUCAAACGGAAAUCAGUAGAGCAUUGUAACUUAAUAAAUUGUCAUAGUAGGCAAGACGGAGGUAUCUUCCUUCUGGCAGGAUCGAAUUAUACAGACAAAGCGUUACGGAGCGUGUUGAUAGACAAAAACGAUCUUAGUCCGUUUGGAAACUAUGAAAGUAAUAAGCAAAUUGUACGAGAUAGUGUCUAUGAUCCAAAAUCAAACAUUCUACUAACUGGCGGGGAAAAUGCAAUUGUUAGUUUGUGGAAUGAAGCGUCAACGGUAUCGAGUCCAAAUAGUUUAAAGAUGAAAACUAAAGUUAGCUUAAAGUCGCAUAAUAAAAAGCCAUAUUGAAGUUACAUUA